CUGGCGCGAACUUCCGCCGUUCGGAAGUUGCACGGAGAAUUGGCGCGAUGUCUGGAGACAGCAGCGGCCGCCGGUCCGAGGGCCGGGGUCGGGGCCGCGACCCGCACCGGGACCGCACCCGUUCUCGCUCCCGCUCGCGGUCCCCGUUGUCCCGCCGCGGCGCCGCGCCGGAGCGCAGGGAGGCCCCGGAGCGCCCGAGCUUGGAGGAGGCAGAGCCGUCGGAUUCCGGGGACGAGAUGGUGGACCCGGCUAGCUUGGAGGCGGAGACCGACCACGGCCUGUGCCGCCAGAUCCGCCAUCAGUACCGGGCGCUCAUCAACUCCGUCCAACAAAACCGGGAGGAUAUUCUGAACGCCAGCGACAAAUUAACAGAGGUCCUUGAAGAGGCCAACACUCUGUUUAAUGGAGUGUCCCGAGCAAGAGAAGCAGUCCUAGAUGCCCAGUUUCUUGUUCUGGCUUCAGAUUUGGGCAAAGAGAAAGCAAAGCAGCUGCGCUCAGAUUUGAACUCGUUUGAUAUGUUAAGAUAUGUUGAAACUCUACUGACACAUAUGGGUGUAAAUCCGCUAGAAGCUGAAGAACUCAUCCGUGAUGAAGAUAGUUCUGAUUUUGAAUUCAUAGUCUAUGACUCCUGGAAAAUAUCAGGCAAAACAGCAGAAAACACCUUUAAUAAAACCCAUACAUUCCACUUUCUGUUGGGUUCAAUACAAGGAGAGCUCCCUGUGCCAAAGCCACGAAUCGAUCGUCCAAGAAAACAUCAUAUGAUAGAAGAGCAGAGAGCAAUGCCUGCUCAGUUGAAAAGAAUGGAAGAAUCUCAUCAAGAAGCAACAGAAAAAGAAGUGGAAAGAAUCUUGGGAUUGUUGCAAACAUAUUUUCGAGAAGACCCUGAUACUCCAAUGUCCUUUUUUGACUUUGUGGUUGAUCCACAUUCUUUCCCCCGUACAGUGGAAAACAUCUUUCAUGUUUCCUUCAUCAUACGGGAUGGUUUUGCAAGAAUAAGACUUGACCAGGACCGACUGCCAAUAAUAGAACCUGUUAAUAUUAAUGAAGAAAGUGAGGGAAUUGACCAAAACACCCAAAUUAGGAAUCAAGGAAUUAUAGCUUUGAGUUAUCGAGACUGGGAGGAGAUUGUGAAGACCUUCGAGAUUGCCGAGCCUGUGAUUGCUUCGGGUCAGAGCCGGGAGAGGCUGAGUGCUUGAUGCCAGCUGAAGGACUCAAAUGGAUAGUGAAAUCUGAAAUGGAAAGCAGCAUGUAUUGUAUAUAUUGUAUGAUUAAACAUUUUUAAAGACAGAUUGUUUUUAGUAAAAUGUAGCUUUUGAUAGUUAAUUAAUUUGUCAUGAUUGUUUUUGAAUAAAGGAAAUUCACUGCCAUAUUCACAAA